UCGUCACCACAAUAUACUACAGUUGGAUUGGGAUAUAUUGAACUGAAGAUAAUGCGAGCGUUUAUUGUUGCCUGUCUGGUUGUCGCCGCGGUGGCUGCACCCUUCGACUCUGCCCUUAACGGGGAAUGGGAAGCAUUCAAGGGGGUAUACAACAAGAAGUUUAUCUCCGCUGAGGAGGAGGGACUAAGACGCAUGGUCUGGGAGGACAACCUUGACUACGUCCAGUCCCACAACUUGGAAGCUGACCGUGGUAUGCACACAUUCUGGCUCGGUAUGAACGAGUACGCUGAUAUGGGUAUUGAAGAGUUCAAAGCCCUUAUGAAUGGAUUCAACACCUCCUCUAGCGUCUCAAAGUGCGGUAAAUAUAUGGCACCCAACAAUAUUGAAAUAUCUGAUCUCCCGGAUAUGGUUGAUUGGAGGAAGGACGGCUAUGUCACACCUAUCAAGAACCAGGGACAGUGCGGCUCUUGCUGGUCUUUCUCAGCAACAGGAAGUCUGGAGGGUCAGCAUUUCCGGAAGACACAAAACCUUGUCUCCCUUUCAGAAAAGAACCUCAUGGACUGCUCUGCGGCUUACGGUAACCACGGCUGCCAAGGAGGUUUGAUGGACCAGGCUUUCGCGUACGUCAUCAGUAACAAAGGAAUCGACACAGAGAUGUCCUACCCGUAUGAACCAAAGAAUGGUCCAUGCAAAUUCGAGCAGUCAAACGUUGGAGCCACUGAGGUUAGCUGCAUGGAUAUUGAACAUGAGAGUGAGUCGAACCUUCAGAAAGCCGUUGCUAUGGAGGGACCAAUCUCUGUUGCUAUUGAUGCCGGACAUAGGUCAUUCCAGCUGUACAAGCGUGGAGUUUACAAGGAACCAGAAUGCAGCUCCGUCCGUCUUGAUCAUGGCGUGCUGGCUGUAGGAUAUGGCACUGAUGGUAGUUCCGACUAUUGGCUUGUUAAGAACAGCUGGGGAGAAUCUUGGGGAAACAUGGGCUAUGUCGAAAUGGCAAGAAACAACAAGAACAUGUGCGGAAUCGCAACACAAGCCUCGUUCCCGACGGUGUAGAUAUGAUGUUAUUUUGUCUCAUCAUAUUUAUGACAUCAUAUGCAAUGGGAGUGUUAUAUAUAAUUUGGUUUACAAAAGAAUUUGAAUUUAUGCUUGAUCCAAAUAUCUGUGAUAAAAUGUAAAUAAAUUGUAAAGUAUG